AUGGCUUUCUCUGGAAAGAAAUUCAGAAGAGUUGGGAGUGAAAAUAUUGACGCGCUGCUCAAUGCUGCAGAUGUCGGCGAAAGUGCAAAACAUAUGCUGCGGAGUAAGACACCAACAUUUAAAUUUACUAAGGUUGAUGACAAUACGUUUAACUUCUGUCUCGAGAAUGAAGGCAAGGUUAUGUCACAUAACUUCAAACUCGGAGAAGCAACCGAGACAAAGAGAAGAGAUGGCUCUGUAGUAUCUGUCACAUACACGUUGGAAAGUGACAAUGUGUUGACACAGACAAUCAAACCAGCAAAUGGUGCUCAGUCCCAUUUCAAGCGGGAGUUUGGAGAAAAGGAAGCUAAACUGACGAUCACAAUCGAAGGCAUAGAUGUCGUGGCGGUAGUCUAUUACGAAUUGGUGGAAUGA